AUGGCAAGCAAAAUACCCGCGUCAGCUGGGCCUCCUAGUGGUAACAAAGCCAAUGUCGAUGGCGGCUUUAAUCCCCAAGCAACUUCCAGGAUCAAAUGGAAUGUCAGGGGAGGGGGUGAUCGCACGAAUACCUGGGAAAUUGGUCACACCCACCAGCUGCAGGGCCAACCAAAUAUCCAGGGCGUCGAAAUUACACAGUCACCUCGUGUUGUCUUAUAUUGCUGGGCGAGCAAUAACGGGUCUGGUCCGGUAGCUCUUACUGUUCUGGGGCCGACGACUAGUCAGGUCAAGAACGACGCUGUUCGUAUUGGGUCGUUCCGCCUUCAGUUACGUGCAUGA